AUGUUAAAUCAAAUGAUAGAGGACGCGAAAACAAAGACAUCAUCAUUGUCAAGCGAAAAUGAAAUAUUAACCAAGAAGAUUGAUGAGUUGACUAAAGUAGUUGAAAAAAUAAGGUCAGAACAUGAUAUAAUUGCAACUGCACGAAAUGAAUUGCAAGGAACAUUAAAUUACAUUACAAACGACAAUAACAAAUUAAGAAAGGAAACUAAUGAGCUGCAUGUUAAAAUUGCUCUUUUGCAAAAUAGCUGCGCAAAAUUCAAUGAUGGUGGACCACUUCCGGAGCCGAUGAAUGAUAAUGAGGUUACUAGGAUUGAUAGCGUAACAGAUGCCAGUAGCGAAAAUUCUUCAAAUCAGUCAAAAAGACACGUCACCUUUGCAGAAACUGAAACAAACAAGAAGAGAGUACGUGUUAAUAAAGAAGAAACUCUCAAGGCAGGUCAUAAAUCACGUUCUAAUAGGUCUAAAAAGGCUAUUUCCAAAAUGCCGGACACGACCGAACCUCCAACGGUAAUAGCAUUCCCUUUAGAACCAGUGACUAAAAACCCAGUAAUCGGGUAUGAUCAAAUGAAAUCUAGAUUUAAUAUUCCUAAAAAGGAUUGA